UAUAUUAUUUAUAGCUAAAAUGCUAGUUUCUCAAGCAAAUAAUGUUAAAGUUUACAAUCUCUCAUCAGGAAAGUCUUUACCUGAGUGGAUUUCUGAUAGAAAGAAGAGACAGCUUUUAAAAAAUGACACUGACUUACGUCGCAGGAUUGAACUUAUUCAAGAUUUUGAUAUGCCAACAUCAUCUAAUUGUGUACAAGUUUCACCUGAUGGACAAUAUAUUAUAACUACUGGUGUUUACAAACCAAGGUUAAAAUGCUUUCAAGUUGACGAAUUAUCAUUAAAGUUUGAUAGAUGUUUUGAUUCAGAAUGUAUAAAGUUUGAAUUUUUGUCAGAGGAUUUUUCUAAACUUGUCCUACUUCAAGCUGAUCGCUAUGUAGAAAUGCAUGCUCAGUAUGGUCGAUAUUACAGAACUAGAAUGCCUAAAUUUGGUAGAGACCUAGCUUAUCACAAACCGUCCUGUGAUCUGUAUCUUGUUGGAGACGGUCCUGAAGUAUUUAGACUAAAUUUAGAACAAGGUAGAUUUUUACAACCAUUUGAUUCUGAAGUUAAUGAAAUAAAUGUUUGCAAAAUUAAUCCUGAUCAUCAAAUGCUUGCAUGUGGAUCAGAAGAUGGAAAAGUUGUAUGUUUUGAUCCACGAUCUCGAUUGAAAAUUGGUACUUUAGAUUUAGCUAUGUCUGGUGUUAAGUUAGGUAAUGAUUUACUUUCUUCAGUGACUGCAUUAACAUUUAGAAAUGGAUUAGAAAUGGCAGUAGGUACUAGCAAUGGGAGUAUCAUGAUUUUUGACAUCCGUUCAAACAAACCACGUUUAGUUAAAAAUCAUUUAUAUGAACUACCCAUUAAAAACAUAGUUUUUCAUGGACAAAAUAACAGAGUCCUUUCUACUGAUUCAAAGAUACUUAAAAUCUGGGAUCAUGAAACUGGUGAUAAUUUUACUUCAGUUGAACCAGGAGUUACAAUUAAUGAUAUGUGUGUUUAUAAAAAUUCAGGAUUAAUUUUCUUAGCAAAUGAAUCAUCAAAAAAUUCAGUUUAUUAUAUUCCUGCUUUAGGACAAGCACCUAAAUGGUGUUCAUUCUUGGACAAUAUUACAGAAGAGUUAGAAGAGUCUAAUGAAGUAUUAGUUUAUGAUGAUUAUAAAUUUGUUACAGAUACAGAUCUUGAUAAUUUAGGCUUAAGUCAUCUUCGUGGGACCGGUCUUGUAAGAGCUUAUAUGCAUGGUUUUUUCAUUGACAUGAGAUUGUAUCACAAAGCUAAAUCUAUAGUUGAGCCAUUUGCUUAUGAAGAAUAUAGAAAAAAUAGAAUUAAAACAAAACUUGAGGAAGAACGUUCUAGUAGAAUCAAAGUUAAUAAGAUGCCAAAAAUUAAUCGUCAUUUGGCAGAAAAACUUUUGGAUCAAAAAGCUAACAGUAAAAAAGAUGAUCUAGUUAAUGAUAUAUCGAAUCCUCUUGGUGAUGAUCGAUUUGGUGCCAUGUUUAUGAAUAAAGAUUUCCAAGUUGAUAUGGAAAGUGAAGAGUAUAAGCUUCUUCAUCCAGUUGUUUCAAAACAUGAAAAAGAAAGGUUAAACCAGCAGAGCGAUAAAUCUGAAAAUGAUUCUGAUGACGAUCUUCACCCUUGGCACACAAUCAAAUCAAAAGAUAAAAAGAAAAAAAUGACCAAAAAGCAGAAAAAUGCUUUUAAAUUAUAUUCUAUGCAGAGAGAAGAUCUUAAUCACUCAGUUUCAAUCAAUGGUUUAAAGAAAUCAUCUGUUACAAUUGGUGAAAUAUUAUCUCAAGACUUUCAAAAAGAUAUAAUUAGAGAGUCUGGAACUGCUUUAGGAAGCAAAGAAAUGACUUUUAAACUGUCAUCUAAAAGAGAUACAAAAAAAGAAGAGGAAAAUAAAAUCCAUAAAAAAGAGCGUAAAGACCUACGGAGAUCUGCUGGAAAAAUUGUUGCUAGUGACAAUAAACCAAAAUUUUGGAGAGGAAAAAAAGUCAGAUAAAUUUCAAUAGAUAAAUUUUUAAAAAAAUUUCAUAA